AUGUUUAAUAUAACAUUUGCUAAUAUUAAUGAAUUGCCCCCAACUCUUGAAAGCACAAGUGACUUUGCUUCAAGUGCCUCUGAGCGUCUGUGGGAACCUUCAAACCUCUCUCUUCUUUCUCUUCUUUCUCUUCUUCAAUGGGCUCUCAGAGCUCACACGGUGACGUCAGCGCCGACCUUCCAUUCCCGCCAAUUCCAGAGGCCCAUAUUCCCGCCAAAAAAUCUCCGCUUCCGAAACUCGUCGUCGACCCGAGCGAACUCCGUCGUCGAAGCCCUCAUCGGAAUCCAAGGUCACGGCCGCUCCGCCUCUCCUCAGCAAGCUAAAUAUAACGACCGAAACGACGAGGUUGAGAAAGCUGUGAAGGUUCUCGAAGCUCUGCCAGGAGUUCCUGAGCCGACAAGCUCGAGUUUGAUCGAAGGGAGGUGGCAAUUGAUGUUUACUACAAGGCCUGGAACCGCCUCUCCGAUCCAAAGAACAUUUGUUGGAGUGGAUUUCUUUAGUGUAUUUCAAGAGGUUUAUCUACAGGCGAAGGAUCAGUGCUCUAAUUCCUCUCACAACAUGAAGAGGAGCAAGGUUGCCCUAGAAGAGACAGACAGUUGGCUCGAGAAUGCUGCCAAUGGUCUUAUGGGCACACAAAUUAUCAAGGGAAAUGAACAAAUAAAGUUUGUGGUCGACGCUCUCCUUGGGCUCAAGUUCUCCAUUUCUGGAACACUAGUAAAAACUGGCUCUCGCACUUAUGAUGUUACAAUGGAUGAUGCAGCCAUCAUUGGGGGUGGCUUUGAAUAUCCCCUAGAGGAAUUAGGAAGUAAAUUUGAACUAGAACUGCUGUAUAGUGAUGACAAGAUCAGAAUCAGCCGGGGGUAUAAUAAAUUACUCUUUUUGCAUGUACGAACUGAUGGUUUGAAAAAGUAAUAGCAUGGGCAACCAAAUGUGCCAGAUUGCAUUGUGAUACAAAAUUUUCUUUUUGGUGGCUACUUUGUACUUGUCAAAAACAAACGCAAGCAGAUUAGCAACUCGAUCGAGAAUGGAAACAUCAAUUGAUGUGUUUGUUAAUAUGGUAACAUCAC